AAGCCUGAGCCUUAGUUUGGGAGGAGAUUGGGAGGGCAGCGGAGGGUGCCCGCCUACCUGGGGGAACCUGGUGAGGUGUGGCCGAAGCAGCUCCUGCUGCCAGGUGGGAGGGGCGGGCUGAAAGUUGGAGCAGGAAGUGAACCCAGGGCUGCCGCAGAGGAAACAGACUAGGCGAGUUCUGCUGCUGACGGGCCGAGCUGCCGAGACAUGGAGGAGGCCAGUGGAGGUGGAGGAAAUGAUCGAGUGCGGAACCUGCAGAGUGAGGUGGAGGGAGUCAAGAAUAUCAUGACCCAGAAUGUGGAGCGGAUCCUGGCCCGAGGAGAAAACUUGGACCAUCUUCGCAACAAGACAGAGGAUCUGGAAGCCACAUCCGAGCACUUCAAGACAACAUCGCAGAAGGUGGCUCGGAAGUUCUGGUGGAAGAACGUGAAGAUGAUUGUCCUCAUCUGUGUGGUCGUUUUCAUCAUCAUCCUCUUCAUCGUGCUCUUCGCCUCUGGUGUCAUCCCCUCUUAGGAAACCCCUCCCACCCUGCCCUCCUCUUCGAGACAUCCCUCCAUGGUGGGCGUCAAGAGGGCUCCUCUCUGCCGUCCUCCCCGCAGGGAAUGCUGCUUAGCCUCUGGCCCCUCACUCUGAGGCCCCUCUGCACACUGUCUGCCCCAGGAAGUACCUUGAUCCCCCGGAAGGAGAGAGCUGAACUGUGGCUGCGUUUCACAGGUCCUGAGUUGGUGGGAGAGCCCAGCAUGUGGUGGGGCACUGAUGGUGGCUGGUAGGCAAUAAAGACCCUUCAGUAUCUCCACACUUGUGAGGUGUUUUCUCCUUUUGCAUUUGGCCUUUGGCCCUUUUCCCCCAGAGGAUUCACCUCAGGAGGGCUCUCAAGAGGCAGUAAAUCACCAGCUUCACAUAUCCUCUGACUGAGGAGCAGGGUCAUAUCGGGGCAGGGCUGCACGUGCCCUCCUGGGAAAUACAGAAAAGCAGGAGCUGGCACCUUCUCCAUGAUGGUUUACUUCCUUUUUUCAUUGAGGUGAAAUUCACAUAACAUACGAUUGACCACUUGAAAAUGUACAAUUCAGUGGCAGGUAGUGCAUUCACGAUGUUUAUUGUGAAUAAACUUUCUUUAGUUUCAAAACUUUUGGCCCUGACCAGGUAGCUCUGUAGGUUAGAGCAUUGCUCCAAUAUGCCAAGGUUGCGGGGAU